AUGGCGAUGGAGCCUAUAGACUUUACGGAAACAGCUUGUUUUGAAACAACGAAACGCCUUCUAACCCAGCUUGUCAAUGAGGGACUGCUCCAUGCCUAUCUGUAUCAUCCAAAAAUCGGUCGUGGGUAUGCUCUGUCUCUUCGCGGUAGCUAUUCCGUGGAAGUCCCCACAAAGCCGACUUCCGUGACCAUUCACGUGAAGCCAGAAGCAUGCCUUCAUGCCAAAGCCAACCGGAUUCUGCCAAUCUUGAGACCAGAGUAUCUUGAACCGCCUGUGUUUCUUGAACUCGACAAUGGCGACACCAUUCAUGAGACGGACCCCGGCAAGAUAUUCAGAUCGAUAUACACCUGGUUCGCACCAGACUCCUUGGAAGUCGCUGUCGUGGAGACCAUCGCCCAUGAGCUGAGUACAACAGCUUUGAAUCAAAGUAAAUCUAAUCCCUCCCACUGUGGCCUUUUGCUCGUAGCUAGACCUGACUGCAGUGUUACAGAAAAAUGGCUCCAACUUCACGCCAAUCAGCGACCACUACUUCUAGACAGUCCGGCGAUUGCCUGGGAACAAUGUAUAAUCUAUGGCCACCCGUCCCAUCCUGAUUUUCUUGUUCCGGAACUAUCUCUUGUAUCAGUUCCUCGAGCAGACCUCCGAGUAAAUGGACCAUUCGAGCUCUUGUUGACCCCCCUACUGCAAAAGCUUAAUGUGCAGACAGUGGCGGAGGAUAGAGUGAUCGUGCCCUGCUUUACCAAGCAAUUGCCAUCUAUUGAACGGUGCUUUCCGGGGGCCGUCCGUGUCGCAUCGAUUGUUGAUGGCGCAGACGCGCAAACUUCCAUGCGAUCCGUGGUUUUACGCGCUCACCUUGGAACCAGCUAUAUCUUGAAAAUGUCCCUUGCCUAUCGGAUCACAUCUGCGGUCCGGACGAUUGCUUCCUCGAUCAUCCCCGAGGUGGUAUUCAUGAGUGGGUUCUUGGAAGAAAUGCUACCACCCGACUUAUGGAUAUAUCGUGAGGUUGCAGGGGUGACGGGUUCCGGGGAUGACUUGGAUGACGCCCGGCAAAUAUCUUGCAUCAUCCGCGAGGAUCUGGAGCCGAGAGCUAUCGCUAACGGCCAGACAUUGAUUGUUGCUGCCGCUCUCUAUCAGCGGCCUGCUAAUAGCGACAGAACAUAUGCCGAGAUCAUAUUUGGCCUGGAUACUUGGGACAUGAAAAUUGCAUGGUUCCAACGCUACAUUGAGGGCCUCUGUGACGCAGUUCUGCCCCCACUAGCAAAUUAUGGGAUUGCUUUAGAAGCGCACGCCCAGAACAUUGUGCUUCGUGUGUCUCGGGAUCGUGCCGAGCUCAGAGGGUUUGCAGUUCGUGAUUGGGGUGGUGUCCGACUGCACAAACCUACACUGCAAAAACUCGGUAUCCAGCUGCCGAUGGUCGAUGCAGAAAGUCCCGUUGUCACUAAUGAUCUCGAUCAUAUCUGGAGCAAGUUUCACCAAGUGUUUCUGCAAAACCAUGUGGCGUCAAUCCUCAUUGCACUCGGAUUAGAGUCCAAGGGAGGAUGGGCGAUCGUCCGUGACGAGUUGUCAAGGGUUCUGAGUGGCAAUGAUUCUGACGCUGGCCCGAGUCUGCUGAAGUACCUUCUUGCAGAUGAUAUGCAGAUGCGAUGUUUCUUUACAGCUCGAUUACAGGGGAAGCCUUCCGUGGUAAGCUUUCAUCCCCAUGGGCAUCAGUAG